AUGUCUGACUCAUUAUUUGAAAAAUUCGAAGCUUUACCACCUGAUGCUUUAUUUGCCAUCAAGGCCCGUUGUGAUGCAGACGCUCGUCCUCAAAAGGUCGAUCUAGGUAUCGGUGCUUAUAGAGAUAACAAUGGUAAGCCAUGGGUGUUGCCAUCUGUUAAAAUGUCGGAAUUGCAAUACUCUCAAGACCCAAGUCAUAACCAUGAAUACCAGCCAAUUGCUGGUAAUGCUGUCUUGGGUGAAGACGCCGCCAAGAUUCUUUUGGGGGUUGACUUGUAUGAAAAGGACAAGACUGUUUCAACACAGACUUUGUCAGGUACCGGUGCCUUGCAUGUUGCCGCUCAAUUGAUUUAUAAAGGUGAUCCAACUCGUGAAGUUUAUCUAUCGAACCCAACCUGGGCAAACCAUAGAAACAUAUUCGAAUCUUCGCACUUGCAACUGAAAACUUACCCUUACUGGAAAGAAGAUACCAAAACUUUAGAUAUCGACGGUUGGUUGAAGACAAUUGAAGCUGCCAAGAAAGGUUCUGUGUUUGUAUUGCAUGCUUGUGCUCAUAACCCAACUGGUAUGGAUCCUACUCCAGAAGAAUGGGAGCAAGUAUUAGAUGCCAUGGCCAAGUACCAUCACAUUGCUCUAUUCGAUUCUGCUUAUCAAGGGUUUGCCUCUGGUGAUUUAGACAGAGAUGCUAAAGCUAUUAGAUUGGGCCAUGCCAAAUUAUCCAAGCAAUCUCCAAUUAUUAUUUGCCAAUCCUUUUCCAAGAACUUAGGUUUAUACGGUGAACGUAUUGGUUGUCUGCAUAUCGUUAAUCCAACUUCGGCUAGCAAGGCCAAUAUCAUCUCUCAAUUGUCUACUUUAACAAGAUCUGAAUACUCAAACCCACCUGCUUAUGGUGCCGACAUUGCUUCAAGAAUCCUUUCACAACAUGAAUUGAGAGACCAAUGGUACAUCGAUAUGAAAACCAUGUCUUCAAGAAUUUAUAAGAUGAGAGUCGAACUACGUAACCACUUGGUUGCUCUAAAAACUCCAGGUAACUGGGACCAUAUUGAAAAGCAAUGUGGGAUGUUUUCUUUCACAGGUCUAACGCCAGAAAUGGUUGAAAGAUUGGAAACAAAGCAUGCUGUUUACAUGGCUAAGAACGGCCGUGCAUCUGUUGCAGGUUUGAAUACUUCAAAUGUAGAAUACGUUGCAAAGUCUAUCGAUGAAGUCGUGCAUUUCUUCUCUUCAUAA